GGACAUACGUUACUAAAAGAGCGCCAACCAGCUGGUGAAAAGCGAAACUAUUUACCGCCGAAACAGUAACAAAGUUCUCGAAGUUCUCGCGCCCCUUUGUGACAAAUUAAUUCAUUCCGAACCUGCGUAAAAUAAUUUCGACUUAUCGUCAAACUUCAUUCGUUUGAAAAUAAUUGCGGGUUUUGGCGCGUCAUCGUCAUCAGUUGAGUUUUUUCAGCAGAAUGCGGGGAUUCGGGUGAUUUUAACAAAUUCACUCGAUAUUUUUCCCAAAUUGAGCUGCAAGAAGUGGAACUAACCUCAAAUUUGUGACAAUGGAGGAUCUGCAGACGGUUUUAGAUACUGUGACCGAUUAUGGAAAAAACCAAAAUCCGGGAAACCCAGAUUUCAGUAAAGAGAGUGAAAAUGACUGUGGUGAGAAUCUCCUCAACGGAAGCGACGAACUUGAUCCUUUAGGUCUCAUGGAUCAGUGUGAUGAGAGCAUUGGCAGUAACAGUGAUGUCUGGAAAGGAAGUGACAGUGAGGAUGACAGUUUUGAAAAGGAAAAGGCACAAACUAGUCAAAUUGAAAACGUGGCUGAAGAAAAAUUGCGUGAAACCCCAGUCCCUACUGAACAGAAUGAAGAAAAAGGUGAAACUGAAGCGCCUGAAACGGUACAAAACGUGAUUGAAAGUGAAGGCACAGACAGUGCAGAGCUCCCAAAAGACCAAGAGGAAGCAGAGAAGGAACAAGAAACUGAAAAACUUGACUGUAAAACUGAUGAUCCUCUCAGUUCGAAAGAUCACGAGGAAGAAACGAUUGAAAAACUUGACUGUAAAACUGGUGAUACUGAGGUCUCAAAAGAUCAAGAGGAAGAGAAGAUUGAAAAACUUGACUGUAAAACUGGUGAUACUGAUGUCUCAAAAGAUCAAGUGGAAGAAAAGAUUGAAAAACUUGACUGUAAAACUGGUGAUACUGAUGUCUCAAAAGAUCAAGAGGAAGCAGAGAAUGAUAAAACCGGCAAUGUUGAUGAGAACUCAAAAGAUCAGGCGGAAGUAGAGAAUGAGCCUGAGAACGAGAAACUUGACUCUUCAACUGACAUCACAGCCACAAAGUCACCAGAAGUUCCUGUUGGCACUGAGAAAGCUAAUGAGGAAGAGAAAGAGUCUUUAGCUCCACAAACCUCCGAGAACCAACCAGAAUCAAGUCAAGGCCCCCUUGCUGAACCCACGCAAAAUUCUUCAAAAGAUACAACUCCCAACUGCGUAGCAGUCGACCAAGAUGAAGAUUGCCACAUGGAUUACGACGCUGAAGAUGACGAUGAUUUUGACCCAUCAUUGCUCUGUCCUGAAGUAUCAAUGGACGUUGAUGAGAAUCGUGUCAUCACCAACAAUGGUACAGUGCCAAAUGAGUCAGGUUCAGGUAGUCCAUUACCAUACGAACCGCUUUUUUCCGCAUUUGUUGACGACGUGACAGGAGCUGAAAUUGAGUUUAAUUUAACCCCUGAGGAACUCGAAUUGAAAAAAAGACUGUAUGGAGCUACCAAUCCAAUUCAAUACACACGAAUUCAUUGCACGGCUUGUAAUGUUCACUUAGGGAGUGCUUUGGAGGGCCAAAACAACCGAUUCGUCCACCCAUUGUUGAAAGUUUUAAUUUGUAAAGAAUGUUACCACUUUUACACGAGCGGUGAGUUCGAAAAAGACGAAGAUGGAAGCGAGCUCUACUGCAGGUGGUGUGGACAAGGAGGCCAAGUUCUGUGUUGCUCGAAAUGCGAAUUUGUCUUUUGCAAAAGAUGUAUUCGAACGAAUUUUGGGCGCAAGAAAAUGUUCGAAAUUCGCGACAGCGAUAGUUGGGAGUGUUUCCGUUGCAAUUCGUCGCAAAUCAUCACUCAACGAAUCGCGUGUUAUGAAUUUUUUGAAUACAUUCGUCGCGAAAUGGCAUGGACUGCUAAUGCAAAUAAUCAGGAGCUGUGGAGUAAGGAUUAUUCCCGUUGUUGUGGCGGGGAUAAAAAACGAUCAGCGGUGGGAGAAGAGAAGAAAACCAAAAGGAAAAAAUCGUCAGAUCCCGAUUAUAAUCCUUUUGUGGAUUAUAGUAAAAUGAGUGAACCCAAAACUGAUCCUCUUGCCUUUGGAGGAAAUAAAGUCACUCUUCCUAAACUAGUUCAAAUCGUGCCUAAAGUUAACUCAGUCGGGGAUAAAACGAAAGAUAACGAUAUCGAGUUUGUGAGGCAAAUUCCAGCGCCUCAUGUUACUAUCAACCCAACAAACAGACCAGCGUAUCGGACGAUAUUACCGGCUGUUAGGCCAGGGCUCCAGCCUUCAACUUACGUUCGCUUAAACCCGGCGUCCCCUCUGGCCCCCACAACAAACCGUUUCGUUUCCACAGCUAUCAAUAACCGAAAUCUUAUGAAACACGAAUGGUUUGAAAAGACUGUGCGAGCAGCGGCGCGCGUCAACUCCCACUUAUCCUACACUUUAACUCAGUUAAAUAAAGCCCAGUCGCAGGCAGGAAGUGUUGAAGAACUCGCAGUGGUUCAUAACAAGUUGCAAGAAAUUCUCAGUAGUUCUAUCAAUUCGCUCAUUCAAAUCCGGAAAAAUCUACGAACGGAGUUUAUCGCCGGCAUUAAAACCGUUCAUUUGCCCUCGAAAAAGCCCGAACAGAGUGACGACGAUGUGAUUAUUGUUAGUCCCCCAGCGGUAAUGCCAAAACCGGCCCCUUGUCCUACGAAAACUGCCAUCGAUCCGCUAAUAAUCAUCGAAAAACCCAAAACUAAUAGUACAAAAACGGUCACCACAGGGCCCCAGAAGGGCUUCCUGAAGGUAAAAUCAGUGUCAGAGUUGCAAAACAUCCCACCGGAGUGUAUAACAAUCCCUGAUGAUCCGCCUACAGUGAGCGAGAAAGCGUGCAACGGGGGUUCCCCCAAGGUAAAGACGUACAAGGUGGCGGAUAAAUCGGUUGACGUCAAAAAAAUGAUGGCAGUUAGGGUUAAUUUAAUCAGGGACGACUUAGAGAAAUUACAAAGACAGAUGAAAAAGGAUAGUUAAUGUGUUAAGUGAUGGGACUUUUUUGUACGUUCUCUUAAUAUUAUAUUGUCUAUAUGUGUCAUAAGCUACAUCAAAGCGGUGCUUAAGUAGCUUAAGUUUUUGUUAAAACAAAGCAACAUUUUUGUUCCGUGGGUCCCCUAAUUUUGUACCACUUGAGGACAGUAUUUUGUUGGAUUCGUACCCACAUAUUUAAAUUAUUAUUCUAUUGUACUGUAAAUAAAUCUUGAACCAAA